AUGUCUUUCAACAACUUUGAUUCCUUCCCCAACCAGGCUGAGGGUGCCCCUGCCCCUGGUGCCCAGGCUCCUACCGACGCCACCAUGACCGGUCAGGCUGAUCCCGCUACUGCUGGUUUCCAGGGUCCUACUCCCGAUGGCGCUUCCGCCGCUGGCCCUCAGCAGGGUGCCGAUGGCAAGACCACUCUCUGGAUGGGUGAGCUUGAGCCCUGGAUUGAUGAGAACUUCAUCCGCAACCUUUGGUUCCAGAUGGGUGAGCAGGUCAACGUCAAGAUGAUCCGUGACAAGUUCUCUGGGAGCAACGCUGGUUACUGCUUCGUUGAUUUCUCUUCCCCGGCCGCUGCUGCCAAGGCUCUCUCCCUGAACGGUACCCCCAUGCCUAACACCAACCGUGUCUUCAAGCUGAACUGGGCCACCGGCGGCGGUCUCGCUGAUCGCAGCCGUGAUGACCGUGGUCCUGAGUACUCCAUCUUUGUUGGUGACCUUGGUCCCGAGGUUAACGAAUACGUUCUUGUCUCGCUUUUCCAGAGCCGCUUCCCUUCUUGCAAGUCUGCCAAGAUCAUGACCGACCCCAUCAGCGGCAUGUCCCGCGGUUACGGAUUCGUUCGCUUCUCUGAUGAGAACGACCAGCAGCGCGCCUUGACCGAGAUGCAGGGUGUCUACUGUGGCAACCGCCCCAUGCGCAUUUCCACCGCUACCCCCAAGAACAAGGGUCCCGGUGUUGGUGCUGCCAACAUGGGCAUGCCCGGUCCCCCCAUGAAUCAGUUCACUGACCCCAACAACACCACUGUUUUCGUUGGUGGCCUGUCCGGCUACGUCACCGAGGAUGAGCUCCGCUCUUUCUUUCAGGGAUUCGGAGAAAUCACCUACGUCAAGAUUCCCCCUGGCAAGGGUUGCGGUUUCGUUCAGUUCGUUCAGCGCCACGCUGCCGAGAUGGCCAUCAACCAGAUGCAAGGCUACCCCAUCGGUAACUCCCGUGUCCGUCUGAGCUGGGGUCGUUCCCAGAACAACUCCGGCCCUGCUGGCAGCCCCUACCGCCCCGCUCCCCCUCCUCCCCCCAUGUACCCCGCCAUGGGUAUGCCUCCCGCUGCCCAGCACUAUGGAGGAUUUGCCCCUAUGAAGGUUAGCAGUCACCCCGGCAGCCCGGCCCCAGAACACUCUUGA